CCGCCGCCGCAGAUUUGAAGAUGAAGUGCCCCCGGGCCGCCACUGCCGCCCGUCGCGCUCCUGCCUGCGAGUGGCAGCUCUACCUGAGCGAGACCCGCCUGGCCACCUACCGCAGCUGGCCCUUCACCGAGGGCUGCGCCUGCACCCCGGAGCAGAUGGCAGAAGCCGGGUUCAUCCACUGCCCCAGCGAGAACGGGCCCGAUGUGGUGCAGUGUUUCUUCUGCUUCAAGGAGCUGGAAGGCUGGGAGCCUGAGGAUGACCCCUUAGAUGAGCACAGGAAACACUCCUCUGGCUGCGCUUUUCUCUCCCUCCGUAAGAACCCUGUUGACCUGACACUGCAGGAAUUCCUGAAACUGGACAAGGAACGAACAAGAAACAUGAUUAAAAAGCAAAUCUCUCAGAAAGUGACGGAGUUUAAAGAAGAAUCAGAGCGUGCACGUCGUGAUAUUGAGAAGCUGGUCUCCUAGGCCCCUGCGACUUGCCUUGUGUAGUGUCUGACUUGUAUAUAUGUUCUCUAGAGUUGUCUCUUUGUGCCUGGGUGGUGGUAGUAGUGCAGGUCCCUUUCAUGCAAGGAUCAAAGGGAUGUAUACUUAUAAACAAAGGGGGAGAUAUUCAAAAUCACCUAAGGCAUUUAGGACUGCAACUACCAUUGACACUUGUGUUCCUAAAUCUCUUACAUGACUCCGCAAACGUCCUUUGAAAUUUUCUCAUGUUGCCACAUAAAUAAAUGUCUAAAGGAAACUUCAUGCACAAUGAUUUAUUUAACUGCUCAAACUGAGUAUUCUGUAGCAAAGUCUAACAAUCUCUCCUAUUAGAAUAGUUCACAUAAUUACAUUUUUAUUUUAAAAUGUGAAAUAAGUUAAUCACAGUAAAUGCUGUCUUAGGGGGACCACUGCAGAAGUGGUGAAUGAUCCAUUUAAGGUAUUUCCAACAGCAUCCUAAUCUUAAAGGCACAAUUACUCUCCUGGGGCUCAAUCCUGUAGUUCUUCUAAGUAUAAGAAGAUUACUUGUGAUUUUGAUAUCAAAAGGUGUCAGCUACUUGCUUGAUUCAAAGCCCCUUGGAGUCAGUUAAAAAAAAAAAAAAAAAAAGCUUUGGCGAUGCAGUUUUUU